AACCCCUACACUCUCACUCCAAUGCACAAUGAGCGCGCACGACGCGCACUUGGCUCCGAGCGCGUCCAGCAGCCACGGAGUUUUUCCUGCAGGAUUAUGUGUCUGUGCGCAGCCCGGAGAGAGGAGAGGGACCGCGGGAAUAUAACUUGACUCGCUUGAGGAGUGUUUUGUCUGUGUUUCUGUGCGUUUUUGUGGAGAUACAAUGCCGUUUUGUAAGCGCACGAUACUUCCCAAAAAUGUGUGCAAGCCCCACGGCAGCAGGAGGAGGCUGCGGGCGGAGGUGUUCGGGGAGCUGGCGGACGUGUGCGGCUUGUCGCUGUGCGCGGUGCUGCGGCAGCUCUCGGAUCUGUCCCGGAGCUCGGUGAGCAUCCUGGAGGAGCUGGAGGGGGAGCUGGUGUCCGUGUGCCGGCGCUCCGGCGCUCUGGAGAGCAGGGUGCUCCGGCUGCAGAGGCACGUCUCGGUGCUGCUCAGCCAGCCUCCACCCAGAGCCACCAGCGGUCUCGAGGCAGAGAGUGGAAGGCGCGGCGUCAGCUGCAGCAGCCACGGCGAUGGCAACCACAGCAGCAGCGUCGGAGGAGGUGGCGGCGGUGGCAGCAUUGGUGGUGGCAGCGCGGCCCAUUUCAGGUCUCCAUGGCAACAGAGUGUGAACGUGUUUGGCUCGUGGAGCAGGCCGGAGUGUGUCGAAGAGCUUCACCAGCAGGCUCAGCUCAACCUCCAGAGCCUGCUGCAAGAGAACGAAGAGCAGUUGUACGACCCUAAGCUGACCGGUCAGACCUUUCGCCAUCCAUCCUCACAGGGCUCUGACGACACGUCCACAUCCGCCAGCCGGUCGCCCAUCUCCAUAAACAACAAGAGACCGGACUUCAUCUUUCUGCCAGCGUCCAAGCAGCUCUAUGAAGAUGAAACCGCCUCCUCUGUGUUUGGUCUGAGGUCUGUGAUCGACCCGUCUCCUUCUCCGUCCCCAUCCCCGUGUGGCUCAGAUCACCCCCCUCUGGGCUGGAGCAGCAACAACAGUAGCAGCAGCACAGCCACAUCUGCCACAACCGGACCACCCGUCGCAGAUAAACCUCGCUGGCACCUGGGCAGACGGGCGCCGGCUCACUUCUUACCGCCCGAUAUCACGGGUGAAGGGGGAGGAGUGAAGUUCCACGGCGUGGACCUCCUCCAGCACUCCCCAUCCCCCUCUCCCGGGGAGACCUUUUCCCAGCAGCCCCACUCUCUGGAGCUUGCUACAGACACCUCCCAUCAGAGCCUCCCACUUCGGAAGACGCACUCCGACCUCGACUCGGCUCUCGCCGCAGACAAACGUUUGGGGCAACGUCCUUCUGAACAGCUUCGCUCAGGAGUUAUGGACCAUUCUGGGUUGCUGUGCUCCAAUACACCAGCCACCUCCUGGAAUGGGCCUAAAGGUUCCACCUUUUCUCCCGGAGCAUGGAACGAGCCUUACAAUUACAGCAUGAGCAAAGGUCCAGCAGUUCCUCCUAAGCAACACAGCAUCAUCGGUAACGCAGGCGGGAUGCAGGACGGGGUCAUGCUGGUGAGCUCACAUUCCAGCCAGUCGUUGAGCUCACACUCCAGCUCUUUCACAUCUGUGACAGAUCCCUCUGGGAGGACAGGGAACAGCAUGUCAGCGGUAACGAUGGGGAAACGGAUUGAAACAGAAGGAGCGACAGCGGAUCGAGGAAGAGGUGGUGGCCGAGAUACGGGGCGAGGGAGAGAGAGGUCAGCUCGAUCCAUAGCAGCGCAGAAUGCCUUCAAGUUCCGGGAGCGUUCCCUUUCUACGCCGACUGAUUCUGGCUCCUUUUGCUUUACUGAGGCUGGUAUGGACCAAGACAUGAAUUUCACAUCCACUGGGAAUGGGAACACUAUGGCAAUAGACUAUCAGGAGCAUCACACCUUUCACGGUCGUGGUGACAGCUAUGCCCUCCUCUACCCCAGAGGGAGUUCUGAAGACAGUGCAAGUACAACGGACACAGUCUCUGUCACAGCCUCAGACUACAGCACAGAGGGACGGUUGCGACUUCGCUCACGUUCCAUCUCACUUAAGAAAUCCAAGCGCAAACCACCACCUCCUGUCAGGAGUGUCUCUCUUAUGAAAAACCUUGGAGAAGCUGAGGGGAGACUCCGGCAUGAGGGCGGUCUUUAUCGAGAUGGCAGACCAAAAAGCUUGCAUAUACCCAGGGACCACUUUCCAGACUUCCAGCCAGAUUUCCUUUUGACAAGCUCAUCUUGCUCCUCUAAAACCAGUGUCUGUGAAAGAGAACUAGGACAAUGUGGAAAUGAAGGACCUCCCAGUCUUGAGAUUCAUGCACCAGAAAGGGAAAGAGAAACAGAAAUGACCUUCUCUGCUCACUGGCAGUUGGGAGAGUGGAAAAGCAAUGACCCCUACAGAUCUUUGUCGGGCUCCAGUACAGCAACAGGUACUACAGUGAUUGAAUGUAUGAAAGUCAGAAGUAGCUCAGAAUCCCUUCUUGACUCUCCAUCCACCUCCAGAGCUACUUCCCCAUCCCAGCUCUCCAUGGAGACGGAUGUGAAGGCUUCCUCACCUUUAAAACCUCCAGGACUCAUAUCACCAUCGAGUGGCUAUUCAAGCCAGUCAGAGACUCCCACCCCAACUGUUCCAAUCAGUCAAGGUACAGUAGGGACUAUAGGGUGCAAGAUGCGCCCAAAGAUCCCAGAGAGGAAAUCAUCACUACCGUCUCCAAAGGACCCUGCUGCCAGGUCAAGAUUGUCCUUUGAAAUGCCAGGGAAUGCACAUCUGGAGCUGUCAUUAAUCAAGCCAAAGCAAAAGGCAAGCAGGCGACAUUCAGACACAUCCACAGCACCAAAACCUGGAAAAAUCAGCCCCAGUUCCUCUCAGGCAUUGCCUGUGGUUACCCAGAAUGAGUUGAAGACCAUUAGGCUUCGUUCUGUUUCUCGUGGUGACCUAGACGAUUGCCCGGAUGGAGCCUCUGACACAAUUGAAGAAGAACAGCAUAGCAGAAACAUUGGUGAAAACCAAAGCCCACCACCCACUCUGCCAAAACCUAAACCACCUGUUGCCAUCAAGCCUCCAUUGCCGAAAAGACCCAUUAACCUUCUUCUUAAAUCCCCUUCUCCUACCUCCACCUCCCCUGUAGCUCUUGACUCGCCUCCUGGCUCACCUGUAGAACGUCCGGUGCCUCUAGGCAACAUCUACAAAGUCAUGAAAAAGCCCAAACCCAAAAAGCCAACACCACAAGCUCCAACAAAUUCCGCUGUUCUUCCAGAUUCUAAUUCCACCAAUGUGCCAAAGUCUACCUACGAUCACCAUUUCCUCCUUCACCCUCAAUCCCUCUUUGAUCUCCCCCCUCUCCCAGACCCCCAGCCUCUUUUGGAAGACCCACUUCUUGAACCUGAAUUUGAUGGUGAAUCAGACAGUUGUUUAGGGCCAGAGGAUGGAGGGUCUCUACCUUCUCCCUGCAGUAACAAAGAGACCCCUGAGCUCCAGGACAAGAGCAAGACACUUCCUUCACGGAUGACAAUCUCCUGCCUGGCAGAGCUGUCAGACAAAAAGAAAGCCAAGGUUCCACCUCCUGUCCCAAAGAAGCCAAAUGUAUUGCUUCUUCCCACAUCACACCAGUCUACAAAUGGCAGCACAGACCGACAGAACCAGACUGACAGCCCCGUGGGCUUACGGUCCCCUGAUGGAACAUUUGCACCAGAUGAAAUUGUUCCAACUCCCAGUGUUCCGGAGACACCUGAGCAAGAUGAGACCGACCUGGGAACAAAUGAGGACAGUUCAAAGGAGUCGUCCUUGCAAUCGUCGCUCCAGGAUUCUUUUACAGAACUGGAAGGAAAGGUGGCCAACACAAUCAUUGGAUCAGAUGAUUCAACCACAGAUGAGAAGGCUGUUCUCCACAUCACUGAGGAAACAGAUGACGACUUGUUGACCAGCACAUCUACGACUCACACCACUGAAGACCUGUUCACAAUAAUACACAGGUCCAAGCGGAAGGUUCUGGGUCGCAAGGAGCCAUCUGACUCUUUUGGCAGCCGCCAGAGCCUGGUGUCGCCUGUGAAGCACAGCACCAGCGGGAGUGACCUUCGAAAUUUUACCUUGGGGAGCAGCCAGAGGUCCAGCUCUCGCAAUGAGAACUUUAUGGCCCUGCUACAGAAGAAAGGCAGCAAGUCUUCCAGCGGAGGAGCAAGGGUAUCCGCCAUGGAGCUUCUGAAGAGCACAAAUCCUCUAGCAAGACGCAUCACAGAGUUUUCCUCCACCAUGGCAUCAAAUGCUGAGGGAGGAGAUGCUCCAUUUGGGACUGACACAUCCACUGAUCAAUGAAAGGAAGUCUUACAGAUGUUCGUCAGGCCUCUUUACUGUUUUUGGAGAUGCCAGCGCAUUCUACAACCCAACAAUCACGGAAGAUAUGAGUACUCACACUACAGUAGGAUUGCUCCAACUUCUGACGGACCAUUUCAACAGUCCAAAUUAGAUCUGAGCACAUUUUUUGACAAAAAUGGUCCUUCUCAAGGUUGGAGCACUAUGGUUGCUGGUCAAACCUGUCCAUGCAGACUCAGUGGAGAUAAAAGCAUUUUCCUCACUACAAAGACAUUACAAGAUUGAUGGAUUGAGGUCACAUUGUCAUCGCAGAGUUCAGUUUGGAUUCUCUGUGGGUAGUUUGAUGGAUGAAGAUGACACUGGGAAUGUAUAAAUCAAUAUACAGUAGUUUCCUUCACUUCUGGUUUCUUUGGGGUGAAGAUAAAGGAAGUGUUCAGUGACGGGUUGAAAGUAUUUGAACCUGUGACGACAUUGAUCUACAAGGAUACCACAAAGGAUUAGUAAUCAAAGCGUUACGUGGAGUAGACUGAAGAAUAUCUGGGACUUGCACAAUCUGUCCACUACUGUUCGGACAGCCACGAUCAAUUGUUUUGUGAUCUGGUAACUGAAGAAGGUAGAAUGACUAGACCACGAACAUGGUGGUCCCUGCAAUAGCCUAGCAGACCUGUCAUUUUCAACAGCAAAGGGCCAGAUUUACAAAACGAAACUGCAUGGGGGCUUUGUUGCCACCAAAGACGAGGCAUGAGCAUGUCCCAAUUUGUGUUGAUCGUACUGUGAAUGUGGACCAUCACAAAACAUUCCACAGAGGCACCAAGUAAACGGACGACACUUUGGAACGCAAAGCACUUUGGUUUUUCGUUGGCCUUGGAGGUCGCCUGUGUGGUGAAAUCAACUUACCGCUGCAUUUUUCUCAUUGUUUUUCCUCAUCGGCCAUUAUCUUUUUAUUCUGUGUUUAGAUGUUGUUGUUGCUCCUAUUUUUAUACAUUCUAGAUGGUCAUUUAUUGUACAUGUUUAAUGAGAUCAUCCUGUAUGUAUCUGUACAAAGAUAAAUGUAAAGCAUCUAUCGACGGAUUUCAGACAUAAAGACUUAAAAUAAUGUACAAAGCAGCAUAAAGGUGGACUACAAACUGCCCACACAAUGGAGUGAAAACACACGCACGCACGCACACACGCACGCACGCACACACGCACACACGCACGCACGCACGCACACACACACACACACACACACACACACACACACACACACACACACACCUAUACAUAAGGCAUGUUUGCCAUGAAGGAAAAACAGAAUAGGCCAGUCUAUUCAAGUGUGUGGUGAUAUGUAUGUGUGUGUGUGUGUGUGUGUGUGUGUGGAGGGGGGUGGGGGGCAGCAAUCAUGCCUGUUGAGUUUCUGUAGAGAGAGCAUGAAGCAGGCCUGGUUAUUAAACAGGGUUUUUAUUUGUUUUGGUCUCUGGUAUUGAGACCAAAGAACUGUUAGGAAUCACAAACAGACCACCGGGGACCUACAGUAACAGUCUGUAUGUAUGGGUGUGUUUCACUGAAGGACACAGAGGAUCAAAGACAGAGAGAGAAUGUGCACACAUGUAUGUAUGUAUGAUUUUGGGUUUGGAUAUUUUAGUGUGCCUCCUUACUAGCUUUCAUAAAAAGCGUUUGCGUGUUGGGAUGGUGUAAGUGUGCAUUGUUACCCCAUUUGCCCUCUUUUUUGGGGGGGGGUAUAGGAUUACAAUGACCUUUUGAAACCUCUUUAGGUGAGUCUUGCUACUUGGCGGAUACCUAUGACAUAACCCAACCCAACCAGAAGAGGGAAGUCUAACUGUUAAUUUGUCACUUGUAGAAGGUCACAAGUCAUAGCUAGUUUAACUUUUUGCUAACUCUCCCCAAAGACAACGUUAACAUCCCUUCUAACCUUUUCCCGCACACGGUAAAAGGGUUUUAUUGAGGUGUGUUUCCAGCUGGCUUGGUUGUAACACUCUUUAGGAAGAUGUAUGUUUGUGAAAGUUCAACAAAGUCAAUAGAAAUUUUUAAAAUGUAAGUAAACUGUCUUCAAAAAGUACCCUGAAAACAGUCCUGGAAAGGGAGGUAGUACUUCAGAAAUGACCUGGAAACAUCUGAUGGGUUGAAACGUUCCUAUAAAGACCCAAAGGCCAAUGCCUGCUGCUUGGUAACAUUUCAAUAGCCAGUAAAGAAGCAAUAAACACCAGCCUUUAUUUCCUCAAAUCCACCUUGUAGCUCAGAUCUUAGAGGACGUAGGAACGUUCCGGGUUGCAUCAAGGAAACGUACCUCUACAAGCAACCCAACUUAUGACUCCAUUUGAUAUUGGGACCAAAGUUGGAUGUUAAAAGAAGUUAUCCUUUUAAACCAGUUCUAUGUGGGAAACAGAGUUCCACUGAUAGCUGUUGUGUCCCAUGAUAUGUGGAGCCAUGCCAAAUUACUAGGCUCUAGAAGUAGAACAGUGACGAGUUAAAUCAGGUUUUAUUUGUGAUUUAUUGGGUUUGUUGCGUAUUCUAAGUGCUGCCAGUUUGAAAUGACGCUGUUACCGUGAAUGGCUUAACCACUGUUAGUUUUGCCAAUGGUGCAAAGGGUGAAAUGGAGCUUGCCCUCGAAAACAACAAAAAUUCUAAAACCAUGAAAGGUUUCAGAGCCUUGACGAUUACAGGAGAAUAAAAACAUCUGGGCUCUAAAAGAUUUCAGAACCAAAGAGAUGCUGGGAUCGUAAGGACGGCAAAAUCAAAAGCGUUCUGGUACCAGGUCGGUUUGAUUAGUGGAUUUUGUCGUUUGGAUGAACAAGUUCUGUCACCACCAAGGAUCCUAAGCUGUCUGACAGGAAUUGUGAUUCUAGACUGAGGGAAUGUUGUGAGACUCUCUAGCUGACAAAUUGGGAGCCUGAUGGUUCCCUCCAUCUGUUAACAGAGUGAUAUUACAGCAUCUGAAGGGUUCUGUUUGUUUUGCCCUCCCUUCUGUACGCUCUGCCCCUCUGUUCGUCGCAGAGAAGCAGCACCGAUCUGCAUCACCCACCUUCUCACAACACCCAGGACUCCUCCCCCCUUUCAUCCCAGUCAGAGUGUGUUCUCCAUCUGCGUGGCUUUCCCUCUGCUGUAACCUCCCAUCUGGCAUAUACUGCACUACCCCUUAGUACCAUUUCAUCUUUCUGUCUGCUUUCCCCUCUUUUAGCAUCCCCAUCUCUCUCUCCUCGUAAUUCCUUGCUGAUUCUUUAUCGUCUGUCUGUUCUUCCUCACUGCGUUCAGUCUUAGAAGACACAAUGCAGGAUGAAUGUCAAGGAAAAAAGAGGCAGUUCUUUAGAAAAAUUGAGCACUUUCAUGUUUUUCAUAUUUGCCAAAAUAGCCCCAUAGAUGGAUGAAUGAACUGAAUCACCAAGGCACAUGCUUUAUCCCAAGGGACCGUAUCCCCUGACAUGUUUUGGUCUCUGUCCUUUUUCUUGUUUGUUCUGGCUCACCGUUGGGAUGUUCUGAUAAGCUCUAACACUCGGUUAAGGAUCAGACACAUACAUGCUUCCAUCUCCCCCAGUCCCAGUAGACAAAAAUCUCUCCUGGUGCUCCCCCUUGUGGAUAAAAAAGGUACUGACACAUGAAGAGGAAAAGAAGCAUACACUCCUUCACACACAUCUCUCUUCCCAGCAGCAAUCCUUCAGGUACUCCAUCUUACCAGGAAAAAUUAUUCUCAAAAAAGCAUAAAUUAUCACCAUGUGUGAUAACUAGUGGUGAUACUUGUUUUAAAUAUUUAGUGAAUGAAAAAGAUAAACCUAUAAAGUUCUGUGUUUGUUUGCCUUGUAUACUGAACUAUGGGCAUUGCUGCAGCACCUACUGUGGUUUUCUUUGUUUUUAUGUUUCUGAUGACAUCAUUUGAUUUAUUUCUGCUACCUUCAUGGUGGACACACAAGUAUUGGGCCAAAAAACAGUAAACCGCAGGAACUCAAAUCUAGUCGGACAAAUAUUUGCUUACAUCUGCAUUCCUACACAGGUGUGCAGGUGUUCCGUAUAAUAUCCUUCAGAUUUGUUGCCGAGAUGAAAUGUGACCCAAGGGAGGACAUGGGUGUUUUUGGGUCCAGUCCAGAUGAGCGGGAGCCGAAACAAAGAAUACGAAUGCAGCGUCAGGAGCAGAAGAAUGUGUUUAAAGGUGUGGUUCUCUGAAAAAACAUUUUUAAAUGAUUAUUUCUGAUUAUAAUCGGUCAUUCCGGGUUUUUCACACAAGCUGAACAUGAAAAUAGUUUCCUACACUUGUCUCCUGCAUAAACGUCUGAUAGAAAAUAGAUGAUGAAAUUCUAGGAUGUGAAAAUCCUGACAGAGCUACGUCACACUGUCACUUAACAUUCAUGGACUCACCCAUCUUGACUCAUGACGGGGAAGGCUCUUGUUGGUUUAACGUCCAGGAAACAGCCGAGAACGUCUCAGCUAGUAGAAGCUAACUGUUAGCAUUAGCAACACCACCACACAGCAGAACUCCUCCAGGCCUGUGUUAUUUGUGGAGAUAAAACAUCAACGUUGCAAAGCGAACUGAGUUAGUGGUAGUGUUGUUUUGCUAUUAUCCAAUCAGAGGUGAGAUGUCCAUAGCCCCAGUCGGCCCCAGCCUGGCCCGGUUGAUUCCACACAUCCUUGCCUUAAGCCCAUGUGGGCUGAUUCUACCCCCCAAUCAGAGGCUUGCUCUAAUGGAAGGUGUGAAUUUGCUGUCAGCAGUGGGUGUGUUGGCCCCGGUCGGUCUGAAGCAGACCCCCUCGAGAAGAGGGCUGAGAAUGAGCCUUGGUUGGCCCGGAAAAAUGCCAGGCCACCCAGAUAUGUAAACAACCUACGCUACCCGGCCCGGGCCGACCCGGUACAGAUGGGAAUGGCCCAUAAGGCUCCCAAACCUGCCGUCUGACGCUGAGCUGUGACGUGGGUGAUUGGUAAUUCCUUGAAAUGGUGCAUGGUAUGUUUUUCUAUGUGACGUGAAAUUGACAAACUUUUCCAAUCUGAGGGGUUCCCCGUCUCUUUUCUGUUGAUGGCUAAUGGGAUAGGGGUAGAAGACUAUUUUCACGUUCAACCUGAAUAUUCAACUCAGAGUGAUGGAUCAUAGUUCAAUAGUAACAAGGAAAAAAUGUUUCUCGGUGAACUUGGUCUUUAAUCUAUGUGAAAACAUGCUUCUCUAUAAAGGGUGUGUUUGUAAAAUGCGAUGAAGAUUUCUAUGAUGCCAGGUGAGGCACUGACAAGGAUAUGUGUCACUGUAUGCUGGUAUGAAAGGAAGCAUUCUCUCAUAUAAAGGUGUUUAUUGUUUAACCCUCUCAGGCUCACAAUAAGUUUUGAUAAAAGGACGAACAACUUAGUCCUUCAGGGGUACAUCAGAGUUAAAAAAUGCUCAUGAAAUAUGUGGAGUAACCAGGUAGGUAGGUUUUAAAGUUGCAAAACUGCAACGCCUGCCUCCAGAGGGUUAAUAUCAACAUGAAUAUGUAGUUUUUCCAAGAAUUUCUCAGAAACAAAGUUGCUUUAGAGGCAGAGACUACAUGGAAGCUCCAAAACCAGCUGACUCGUUACUGCCCACACAGAGCAAUAUUAACAAACUUAUGAGAUUUGCCAAAGGUGACAACUGACUGUCUUUGUCUCACAGAAAUAUCAGAGCAGUGAGCUUAAGUGUCUCUGAGCAACUAUGCAUCCAAGAAAAUCAGAAAAACCCAUCUAUAAAAUAUGUUUUAUUGAUCUGUAAAGAUGAUUAUUUAGAACAUUCACUCUAUUAUCCCGUCUAUGUGAGGAGACGGGCUACAGGGAGAGCAGACAGAGGGAAAAUGGAGAGUUUUAUUUAGCUCACUGUGGGGCUUAUUAUGCGGACAUCCACACAUGUCAUCAUCUCCUGCACCACCAUCUCAUUUCUCUCACCACGUCUCAACUGUUUCGCAUGUCAGAAAAUAUGUUUGUUAAAAAGAUUUUCCCCUUCUGUUCACUCUUGUUUGCUUUAAGGCAUGGUGAAGUGGUGCUGUGUGGCUUACAGGUUAGAUUAGCAUCCACAUGAUCAGAUAAUAGUUUUUGUGCUGGAUUAAAACGACAGAGUUGUGUUGUUCACAUUUUAAGAGCAAAACCAAGCAUUGAAGCUAGUCAGAAGAAAAUAAAAAUUAGGAUGAUUUCUUUUUGUUUCGCUUUUUCAAUUUUGAAGAUUGACGGAGUUCAACGUUAUUUAGAUUCAAGUCAAACUUUCCUCAUUUAGUGUCUCGGGUAAAGGCAAUGCCAAGAUUUAAGUUGAAAUGUUGAGAAUAAAAUGAAAUAAGUUUUUGUUAAACUGUUAAGAAUAAUGUGUGUGUGUGAAAAGUUCAUUUGCAAAAACAGAUAACUUUGUUCUUAUCAAUUUUCCAUUAAUUCAUCUUUUUAAAUGAUUUAUUUAACUUGAUAUCAGACAAAAUAAGAUUUGUAGAUUUUCACCAAAUGGCUUUUAUGUUUUUUUGCAAAUGAAGUUAUCAUGUUUACACCAAAGCCAGUGAACAGGGAAAUUAUUGUUCAGAUGAAAUAAAAAAUGUUUGUAUUCAAAUCACAGUUUUAAUAAAACAAUGUCAAUGUUGAGAUUAGGAGAGGAAAAUUAGCUAUUCAAGUCAAAAUAUUCAGGAAAUAGUAAAAAAAAAAAAAAAAGAAAGAAGAAGCUCAAAAUAGGGAGAUGUCGAAGGAUCUUUGUGAAUGCUGAGGUUAUCUGAACAUUAAAGUUAAAUUUAGAAAUAAUAUAAAUACAUUUUAAUAAAGUUAAAAUUUUGAUAAGAAGUUAAACUUAAAAUCUAAACUACAAAAUAACAUCUUAAAGCACUUCCUUCAUUUUUCCAUAAUAAGAGUCUAAUUCACACAAACAUGUUUCAACAUGCUUUAAAACAUUUAAAGAUUAAAACAUUUUGUUGAAAACUCCUUUUAAACAUGGCAUCCUGGGGAUUCUGAGAGGUUUUCUACAGUUUGUAAAGAAAUACAUGAAGGAAGAGUUCACAUUUAAUUUAAAACCUACUUAAAGAAUCAGAUCUAAAUGGUUCGUUAAACAAUGCCAUACGGGUAUUUUAAUAUUUCUUUUUAGUAAUGUUCAACUUUAUUAUCAACUUUGAAAAUACUAAGUAAACAUUUUUCCUCAACAUUUCCACUUUACACCCCCCACCCCAGCCCCACCCCAUACUCCACCAUGCAAAUAUUAUGUAAAUGUAUUUCAUUCAUUUUUAUGUAGUUGUAGAUAUGGGACCCACAUCUAGACAAAUACUUUUGCACCAAAAACACCUCCAUACCUAAAUCCCUCGAGGCGAUUUAGCUAUAGCCGUAGAUCUCAAUGUAAUGGGCGGUCAGUAACUUACCAGGUUCAGUUGUUCACAUCCAGUCAACGCCCAUGGCUCUUGACUUACUGAACUAUAUGUCAUAUCUGAAAUACAAGAGAGUGAAUGAAGGCGGAAAAUGUCACACAAAACCCCUUUUGAAGCUUCCUUAAUUUGAAGGCAAAAGGCUGGGCAUCACAACAAACUGGUUCCAUCACUGAGAAAAUCAACUUGAAGCAAAGUAUCCACAAAAAGUUCCCCAGGUUCAGUUCAAACCCGAGCUGUUGCUGUUUAGGCAGCUACUAAAGGCACAGAGAUGAUAAUUAGAGGACAAACACCAGACAGAUGUAUUUGAAUUAUUCUAUUUUUGUUAUUUCCUAAUAUGAAAAAUACAUAUUUAAAAGAAUAUUCAGUGUAUGUAUUGACUAUCCUGUUUUCUUGGCCCAUCCGACGGUGUGAACUGUAGCUGCAAGGUGGCGUCUCACUCACACGCUCCCUUUUGCAGCUAUGCAAUGCCAAUGUGAUGAAAAUAUUAUAUGAUUAUAAAUAAAUUAUUUUCUUGCCUAAAA